AUGGCCCUGGUCUUGACCCUGACUGCCAUUCUUUCAUCAUCAGCAUUCUUUUCUCGAGCCUACGCUCAGUCAAAUAAUCCUUCUCAGGACGUACUUCAGAAGAAAGUUUCGCGUCUACAAGCCAAGGCCAUCAAGAAUAAGGGCGUUAUUGAGCUUGACACUAACUCCUUUGAAGAAGUUUUGUCCAAACCAAGAAAUUAUUCAAUGGCUGUUCUUUUUACAGCCACUAGCCCUGAAUAUCAAUGUGUGCCUUGCCUAAACUUUGAUCCCGAGUACAGGCUUGUAGCUGCUGGCUGGACCAAGCUCGCCGAUAAAUCUCAGUUGUUUUUCGGUUCAUUGGAUUUCAAAGUGGGUCAACCAAUCUUUCAAAAGUUUGGCAUGAAUUCUGCUCCUGCUGUUCUUUUCUUCCCUUCAGAUAAAGCCGCCAAUCAAGCUCCAGAACGUUAUGACUUUGCGAGAAGUGGUUUUAUUGCAGAACCAUUUGCUAAAUGGGUGAACGCAAAGGCUGCUACAGAUAUUCGUAUUAAGCGUCCCAUUGACCUUGUGGCCUUAGCUGUCAAGGUUUUAAGCGGUUUCGCAUUUAUCGGUGUGGGCUACUUGCUCUACAAAAAGGCCACUAAGGUAUCAGGAAGCAAAUACUUGUGGUCGGCCAUUUCUCUGUUCACUAUCUUUAUUAUGAUCUCAGGACAUAUGUGGAAUCAAAUCCGUAAUCCACCAUACACAAUCCCAGGACGUGGCGGCCGUUCAGGAUUUAUUGCUCAGGGAUUCCAAAAUCAGUUUGGUCUUGAGAGUCAAGUGAUCGCAGUGCUUUAUGCUGCUCUUACAGGAUGUGUGAUUGCUCUCAUUGGAGUUGUCCCCAGGAUUGAAACUCCUGCCUUGCAACGAGCUGCAGUUUGGGUAUCCAUGGGCCUUUUCAUUUUCUUGUUUAGUCUUUUGAUUCAGAUCUUUAGAGUCAAAAACCCUGCCUAUCCCUUCACUCUCUUGUUCAAGUAG